AACCACAACAUGAACGGUUUAGAUCGUGCAUGAACGGUUUAGAUCGUAACCAUUCAUCAUGUGGGCCCCAAUCGCGGGCACACACGCUUGAUCGUGAGUCGUGACAGCGGUAGAGCGAACUUCUGUUCUUUGGGUUUUGCAACACGCCGUCGGUGCUCCUCGACUUCACAGCAACGAAGAAGAAGAAGAAGAAGGAGAGAGAGAGAGAGAGAGAGAGGCAAUCUCAUGGCAUUGAACCCAAAUCACCAUGUCUUUUCAAUCCCCUCAAACAGCAUAAAAAGUGUACUAUUCUAGUACUAAAAAGUGGGCAAGAAGGGUGUAUGCAUCUAUAUGACAGGGUGUAAAUAUCAGUUUCCUUCGGCUCUGGUGGAACACUCAAUGGAAGCUCCAUGAAAUUUUCUGUUUUUGCCAUGCACUUGUCAAAUGUGUUAUGUAAUCAGGACCAUUGAUCUAUUGGGUCAUUUUGUGGACAGCCAUAGCCCCAAAUGGAUUCUCUUGUAAUGGAAAGGAAAAUGCUCUAAGAAAGACAUUGGGGAGAAAAUCAUAACAUGCUCUCCCUGCGUUCCAUUCGCAGACUCUGCUCCGCUGUCCUUGACACCACUGCUGCUGCUUCUUUAACUGACCUUUCAAAACUUGAGCGAAACACUGAGCCUGCACACCUUGAUCUCAAGGCUCAAAAACACCCAGAAAAGCUCCCUUGCCAUACUAACAAUUCAAGACCAAUACCAUCUGUUGAAUUGCCUGCUCUCGAUAAGCUCAAGGCUGAGAGAGACCCUGAAAAACUCUUCCACCUCUUCAGGGCCAACUCCCACAACCGCCUCGUUGUUGAGAACCGGUUUGCAUUCGAAGAUACCGUGUCCCGCCUCGCAGGGGCCCGCCGCUUCGACUAUAUUGAGCAGCUCCUCGAGCAGCAGAAGACGCUCCCGCAGGGCCGUCGUGAGGGGUUUAUCGUCCGCAUCAUCAUGCUGUACGGGAAGGCUGGAAUGGCCGACCAUGCUAUUAAAACUUUCCAUGACAUGCACCUCUUCGGGUGCCGUCGGACUGUCAAAUCAUUUAAUGCUGCUCUCAAGGUUUUGUCUCUAACCCACAAAUAUGAUGAGAUUCGUUCAUUUUUCAAUGAGAUUCCUGGGAAAUUUGGCAUUUUGCCAGAUGAAUUCUCUUUUAACCUCAUGAUCAAGGCGUUCUGCGAAAUGGGUAGUUUGGAUUCUGCUUAUUUGAUAAUGGUAGAGAUGGAAAAGGCAGGGAUCAGGCCUGAUGUAAUUACAUACACCACGCUUCUAUCUGCAUUUUAUAGGAGUAAUCGGCGUGAGAUUGCAGAUGGUUUGUGGAAUCUAAUGAUGAUUAGAAAGUGUUAUCCAAAUCUUGCAACUUUCAAUGUUAGGAUUCAAUACUUGAUUAACAAGGGGCGGCCUUGGCAAGCCCGGAAUUUGAUGCGUAAGAUGUCUGUUCUUGGUAUCAACCCAGAUGAGCUGACGUUUAAUUUGAUUAUCAAGGGGUUUUUCAAGUUGGGUAAUCUUGACAUGGCGAAACGAGUUUACGAUUCAUUGCAGAGUAAGGGUUGCAAGCCUAAUGUUAAGAUCUAUCAAACGAUGAUUCAUUAUCUUUGUGAGGGAGGGGAGUAUGAUACGGCAUUCAGGCUAUGUAUAGACAGCAUGAGUAGGAACUGGUUUCCGAGUACAGACAGCAUCUGUAGACUACUUGAAGGUCUAAUGAAGAAUUCCAAAGAUAGGAAUGGUAGGGAGAUUAUGAAGUUGGUUCGAGGACGAAUACCUCCCUAUUCGGCAGAUGAUCUAAAAACAUUGCAAGCCAUUUUUUCUCGGGAAGGAAGAGAGUGAUGAUCUGAGAGUGGGUUAUUCAUUACUAUGUGGUGCAUAGUUUUGGCUUCAAGCCCAAUUGUAAGAUAUACUAGAUCCCACCCUGAUUCACCAUCUUUAUGAGGGUGAUGAGUUUGAUUUGGCUUUUGGGUGGGUAAAGACAGCAGAGGUAGAAACUGGUUUUUGAGAGCGCUUAUGAACUGCGUGAAGGCCUUAUGAAGUAACCAAAGGACAAGAAAACUAAGAAGAUUGUGAAGUUGAUCCAAUGAGGAGAAUCUAUAAAAUCGGUAGAUGAGCAAAAGAUUCUUUUAUCAAGAUUCUGCCCCAAGAUCCAAAAAAGCUAUUAAAAAAAGAGAGCGAUGGAUAGUGGGUUAUUCACCCAUAUAGCCCUAAAACUCAAAACAGGCUUCAGGAUUUUACUCAUAUCUAUUUAUUGAUUUGGACAGACACGGACAGCAUAUUUAUUGGCCUAGAAUUGGGAGCAACAUGGCCUAAAAUAUCAAGGCUGCUUUAGGUUGGAGAAAAGCUUGUUUGUUGACAUGCAUUUGAUCUCAUUCAUUGUAAUUCUUUGGAUCCUUCUCAAUAAAGAAAUCUCUGAGAUAAUAUCCCAAGUUCCUGAUGACCAUCAGUCACUUGAGUUUAUUGUAAGUUGCCGCAUGAAUCUCAGUCACUUGAGUUUAUUGUUCCCCAAUUGGUGGAAUGCAGACGCCCUUAUACUUGGAAGCAGCUCGAUGCGUUCAUCCCUAUUUCCAGUGGCACCACCAAGAACUACCUAGUAAUCCUUUCAGCACCCAGCAACUUCAACGAUCCUAGCCUCCCC